AUGAAUUUUCUAAUAUUGUUAAUAUUUUUUGUGAAAUUUUCGCAAGCGAUUGAUGUUUUUUGUGGACAACUCGAAGUUUUUAAUGAGCAAAGAUAUGGUCUUGGCGCGAUUACUGUAUCCAGUCAGAGUACGGUGGAUUUGAAGCAGUGUUUGGAUGUGUGUUGUCAGAUACCAAGUAGGUUUUUUUUGAGGAUUGCCACGUGGAUUUUUAAUCCUACUUUUUGAAAAUUGUUUCUGAUAAAUCGAGAAAUAGAUUUUUGGGGGGGGGGGUUUUUUUUGAAAAUAUUCGCUACAUAGAUCAGAAUUUUCUACAAUUUUUAAACUUUUUUGAAACAAGAUUUCUCAACAGGAAUUGAAGUAUAAUUUUCGAGUGACUUAUUAAAUCUAGUUGUUUUCAACUUCCGGUCAUGAUUUUUCCAUAUUUUCUCGUCAAAAUUCCGAAUUUAUCUGCUCAUGUUACAUCCCAAAAAUAUACACAUAUACAUAGAUAAAUCUCGAAAAAUCCUCAGCUCAAAACAAAUAAAAUGAUAAUAUUUGUUCCAAAAUGAAGUGUGUCUAUCUAUCUAUGUGUAUUUAUUUUUGCUCAAACAUGUCAAAAAAAAUCAUGUUCCAAAUUUUCGUUUCAAAAUCCCACAGAAAACAAACAAACAAAAAAUCUUUUCACGUCAUUGUAAAAUCCAGAUUUUGUGGGAAAAAUCGAAAAUUGCUCAUAUUAGUGUUCAAUUGAGAUCAAAUGAAUUUGACCUAAUUAUCCAUUCCUUGAAAAAACAAUUAUUUUUAUUAUAAUAAUCCCUAUAAAUGGCAGGUGUUUUCACCAAAAAAAAAAGAAAUCUAUAUAAAAUCUUGGGACCUGUUUGAGCCGAGAGUAUUUUUUGUGUGAAUGCACCAACAAAAAAAGGGAGAAUAAUUAUACCUGGUUUCUAUGGUGAUUUUUGAGGGAAAAAUUGAGGAAAGCAAUUUUUUGAUCAAAACUUUUACCAGGAAAAAAAAUAUCAAAUUUCAAUUUUCAAUGUAUACUUUUUAUAGAAGUCUCAACUUUCUAGGUUCGCUUUAUUUUUGGAGAAAAAAUAAUAUGAAACUAUGGGAAGUAAAAAAAAACGAAUUGAAAAUUCAAAUUUAGUGACGUUUAGAACCAAAUAUUACUAACUUUCUGAAAUUGGCUCGUAUAAUUUUUGAGCAAAAAUGUGAGCUGAUGCUCCAUUUUUUAGAAAAAUUAUUGCGCGUGGAUCUUAGAGCCAAAAAUUUGUGCUGACAACACGCCGACGUUUCAAAUUUUUGAUGCCACGUGGAUUUUUCGUGUAGAUUUUAAGAUUUUCUCGAAUUUUCAAUUUUUACAUCACGAAGUUAGUCCAACUCGUUUUUCAUCCAUUUCAUUCAAAAAACUGACCACAUAUAUAGGUUUAUUUCCUUUUCAGAUUAUCGAAAUGUGUUUGUGUGUGCUCAUCUUUUUCCUUUUCUUUUUCGAAAAAGAAUAGAAAAAUGUGUCAAUAAAACAAAAGGUUUUUGUUGGUGUUGUUCCAAAAAGAUGUGAUGACACGGUCGGAUUAAAAUACCGUGCAAGCGGAAAACCAACAAAAAACUUUUGAAAUCAAACAAAAAUUUUGUAUUGUUUUGUUGAAAAACUGGAACUUUGAAAAGCCCGAAAUCCACGUGUCAAUAAGAAUUUUAAAAAGACGAAAGGGGAGAGGUUGAGCAUUUUUUAUGUAGAUCAAAUUUUUCGACAUCCCUAAUCUCUAAUUUUUUCCAGACUGCGAUGGUGUAACAUUCGAAGGAAUCACUGCCAACGACUUCAACGAACCGAAUUGUCUUCUAGUUUCCUGCGAUCCAAUUUGUCAAUUAAAUCCGCCAAAUCAAAAAUCAUCGGGAAUAUUAUCGGUGAUUCUGCAUCGACAGCGAGUGAGUUUUCAAAGUAAUUUUUGUUCGAGAAUUUCUGGACAUAGAAAUUUCUAUUUUUAUUUUUAUUUCAUAUUGGCUACUUCCUCGAAUAUCUAAUUAAUUUUUAAUAAUAAAAAUAACACUAUACAUUCUUGAGAUAUUUAUUUACUUCUUCUCCUUUUAUUAUUUUUGGGACUAGUAAUAAUACUACUAGUUCUAAUGAAUUAUUAAAAUGUGCUUGUUACCUAGAAACCGCAAAAAUAAUAAGAAAGAAAAGAUUUGUAUGGUUGAGUUGACCAAGCAGAAAGGGCAAGAUUUGGGUGAAAAUAGAUUUCUUUCUUGAUUUUGAAUUUAAACAAAAGGGAAUUUAAUAUUCUUACAGAAUACUACAACAACAACUACAACUACCGAAAUGUCACUCUCAAAUUCCACGACACCUUAUGAAUUCAAGGCGGCUCUUACGCCAUUCUGGGUGUUGGCAAUUGCAAUUACGGUGGCUGCUGUUUGCAUCGGGUUGAAUCUAACACUAUGUUUGGCGUAUUGUUGUUAUUGUCGAAGGAAAAAAAGAAGUCAGAAGGCACAAAUUUCGACGGUUAAAGGAGGACCAACGUUACAUGCAUAUAAUCAACCUAUUUAG